AUGUUUGGAGCCAGAUUCGAUCCCACGGCUGAUGACCUGAGCUCGGACGAAAGUGAAGAAGAAAGUGAAGAAGAAGAAAACGAAAACGAAAACGUUGUGAACAAUGACGUAGCCAAGGAUAUUGAUUCUGUAGAAAGCGAAGAAAGUGAAGAUUCGGACCAUUCCAAUGAUCCUAAUGAUGCUAUGGAUGUUGACUCAGAAGUAAAUACCGAAGUCGAUGUGGAUUAUGUCUCCAAAUACAAAAGUGUUUUUGACAAGUUCAAAAAGUCUGUUCCUGAGACGAAGAAAAUCGAUUCUGAGUCCAGUUCGGAAGAAGAAGAUGACGUAGAAAUGCAAGAUUUGAUGCCUUUACCACAGCCAGCACUUCCCCGAGACAAACGAUUAAUAUCUUCCAAUUCACAUCUUAAAAACUUAGACUGGUUAGCUACUCCCAUCUACGCUAGUCCCGAAGAUAGUAAACCAUUUAGUGAAUUCGAAAUUUCUCCGUUUCUUCUCAAGAAUCUUGAACGAGACAAUUUUACCACCGCAUUUUCGGUCCAGAUAGCCAUUAUGGAUAUUCUCUUGCAUGAUAUCAAGCGGAACAGAUUGGAACCAGACGUUAAAGGAGAUAUUCUUGUCAAUGCUGCUACUGGUUCUGGUAAGACUUUGGCGUAUCUGAUUCCCAUUAUUGAAGCUUUACAUAAUCGUGUUGUACCGCGAGUACGAGCUAUCGUCUUGGUCCCUACAAAACCGUUAAUAAACCAAGUCAAAGCGACUUUUGUACAGUUAUCUAGAGGCACCAAUCUUUCUGUUGUAAGUCUUAGAAACGAUGUCUCUAUCAAGGAAGAAGGGAUUAAAAUUGUAAAUAGUCCUCCGGACAUCAUAGUGUCUACUCCAGGGAGAUUGGUGGAGCAUAUUUCUAAUAAGAGCAUUAAUCUUAAUAGCUUACAAUUCUUGGUGAUAGAUGAAGCUGACCGGUUGUUGAACCAAUCGUUCCAGAACUGGUGUCAAGUAUUGAUUUCCAGCUUAGAAGGCGAUGUAAAUAUUGCUGAAGAGUGGAAAAUCACUCCGCAAAAGUUAAUUUUCUCAGCCACUCUUACCACGGAUUCUGGUAAGCUCUCGGCGUUGAAAUUUCAGAAGCCUCGUCUUGUAAUUGUUAACGACAGAAAGCAACUCGUUAACGAAAUAUUUAAUGUUCCUUCAUCUCUUUCCGAGUACACCAUCCAGUUUGGUACAGCCAAGGCGUCUAUAAAGCCAUUGAUUUUGGCCAAGUACUUGCUUGAGAACAAUAAGUUGUCGAACGUAUUGAUUUUUACCAAGUCCAACGAAGCUUCUAUCAGAUUGUGCAAAUUGUUAGAGUUGAUGUUUGGCAAGUUGCACCCAAGCAUGAACAUAGCCUAUAUCAACUCUACCAACAAUAAGAGUGCCAUCCGUACGAAGAUCUUGAAGGAUUUCUCAACCCAGAAGAUCAACAUCUUGGUAGCUACAGAUUUGAUUGCUCGUGGUAUAGAUAUUCUAUCUAUUACCGAUGUGAUCAACUACGACUUGCCCAACUCAUCCCGUGAGUAUGUUCAUAGAGUUGGGCGUACAGCCAGAGCCAACCAGACUGGCCAUGCUUACACUUUGUGUUUCGGUAAGGGAGAAGCUAAGUGGUUCAAGAAGAUUAUUCUGGAUGUGGGUCGUGGUGACAAGACAAUUGAGAAGGUAGAGAUUGAGCUCAAGGAGCUUAUCGUUGCGGAAGAUGAAAAUGUAUAUAACGAAUGUUUGGAAUCCUUGCUGAAGCAGGUAUUCCACUAG